AUGUUUCUUUGGAGUGGAAAGAUCGAGGGCAGUAGGAAAGCUCCGGUUGCGUGGGAUAGAGUGUGUGAUCCAAAGAAAGCUGGUGGGCUGAAUAUUAUCUCGCUUAAGGAAUGGAAUGCAGCAACUAUGAUUAAACUGCUUUGGAAUGUGCAAGCCAAGAAGGAUAAGCUGUGGGUGAAAUGGAUUAAUGCUUACUACAUAAAGGGGCAGGAUGUUCAAGAAUGGCAAAUUCCCCAUGACUGUUCCUGGAUCAUUAAGCAAAUCAUGAAGAGCAGGGGGCUGAUUACAAAUGAUCCGAAUUGGAGGAUGAAACUGGACUAUGAGAAAUUUAAAACAAGAGAUAGCUAUGAGCUGCUGCGAGAAACUCAACCACUUGUUAGCUGGAGAUCUGUUUUUUACGCUAAUCACGCAAGACCUCGAGCAUUAUUCCAUUUAUGGCUACUUAUGUUGGGCAGGAUCCCUACCAAGGAUCGAUUGGUUAAAUUUGGGGUGCAGGUGGAACAAAGAUGCUGUUUCUGUAUUGAGAAUGAAUCAAUUGAUCACUUAUUUUUUCAGUGCAGCUUUGCGAAAUCAGCUUGGGGAGAAAUGCUUAUCUGGAUGGGUUAUCACCGGGGGCCUGAAGUUUGGAGCAUUGAGAAGGAGUGGAUCACUGCAGAAACAAAGAAAAAAGGGUGGAAGCGAAGCACAUUGAAAAUUGCAGUGGCUGAGACAUCCUAUAUGCUGUGGAAACAUAGAAAUGAAGUUAUUUUCAAUCAUACACAAGUGAACUGUAGCAUGGUGGCUGACAUUAAAUAUAAUGUGGUUAUUAGAAGUAGCAUGAAUAGGAAACUUAUGAACCAUAUAGAUAUUGAGAACAUUAAACUUUUAGGAGUUUGA